AUCGACCGCAGCGCGCCCGAGUGUCGAAGAAGGGUAUUGAUUUUUCCUGUGGCGUAUUCGUGUAUUCGGUGAUAUUUCUCCCAAAUAUUGCCUGAAAAUGCUAUCAAAAUCACGCAAUAUUAUUCAGAAGAUUUGGGGCACUUCUGCCCGGUAUCUUCAGACCACGACAGCGAAAUGCAGUGACAAUCUCUUCGUCCACCGUGAUACGCCCGAGGACAAUCCCAACAUCCCCUUUGAAUUCACGCCGGAGAACAAGAAGCGCGUUGAGGCCAUCAUGAGCAUAUAUCCGGAAGGCCACAAGAGAGCGGCGAUGAUUCCGCUGCUGGAUUUGGCGCAGCGUCAGUACGGCUGGCUCCCAAUUUCCGCCAUGCACAAAGUGGCUGAGAUCCUUAAUCUGCCCAAUAUGCGCGUUUACGAGGUGGCGACUUUCUACACCAUGUUCUUGAGAAAGCCAACCGGAAAGUAUCAUAUUCAAGUGUGCACAACGACGCCGUGCUGGCUGCGGGGCUCCGACGAGGUGCUGCAGACGUGCAUGAAGAAGCUCAAUAUCGGCGUCGGUGAGACGACAAAGGACAAGAACUUCACAAUAUCCGAAGUUGAGUGCCUCGGCGCGUGUGUCAAUGCCCCAAUGAUGGCGAUAAAUGAUGACUAUUAUGAGGAUUUAACGGUAAAGGACACAGAGGAGAUUCUCGAGGACUUGAAGAAGGGGCGCAAACCUGUGGCAGGCCCGCGAAGUGGGCGUUUCGCUUCUGAGCCAAAUGGAGGACUGACAUCGCUGACGGAAGAGCCCAAAGGUCCGGGAUUUGGACUGCAAGCUGGUCUGUAGAUAAAAGCUAUUUAUCCACCAGAAGAUUCAGAAUGUGAGUAGAUUAAAAUUCAAAAUACGUCAAAUAAACUUCAAUUGCAUUGAAUCCACA